CGCGUUAACUGAUGCGGCCCACUAUUUGAUCUGACUUGAUCCGUCUCCUUCUUUUCCGGUUCGCUCUUUUGGGUGACUGUGUCUUCUUUAGUUUUAGCUGUAAUUAAAUCUUUCUCCAUCUUUCACAAUGAAGAUCUACAAGGAUAUCUUUACUGGUGAUGAGAUGUUCUCUGACACCUACAAAAUCAAGCUUAUAGAUGAUGUCCUCUAUGAAGUAUAUGGCAAGCUUGUCACACGUAAGGGUGGAGAAAUUUCAAUUGCUGGAUUUAAUCCCUCUGCUGAAGAUGCUGAUGAGGGAACUGAUGAAGCAGUUGAAACUGGAGUCGAUGUAGUUCUAAACCAUCGUCUUCAAGAGACUUACGCUUUCGGUGACAAGAAAUCUUACACCCUGUAUCUUAAGGAUUUCAUGAAGAAAUUGAUAGCCAAGCUUGAGGAGAAAUCUCCAGAGGAGGUGGAGGUAUUCAAAACGAACAUGAACAAAGUUAUGAAGGACAUUCUGAGCCGAUUCAAGGAACUACAGUUCUUCACUGGCGAAUCCAUGGACAUUGAUGGUCUUGUGGGUCUCAUGGAAUACCGAGAGAUCGAUGGAGAAUCUGUGCCAGUUCUGAUGUUCUUCAAACAUGGUCUGGAAGAGGAAAAAUUCUAAACAAUUCUUAGAUAUUCAACAAAUUAUGGAAAAAUUUUAUAAGCCGGAGCCAAGACUGCACACGCUGAGAAGCUGUGAGAUUUAUUUAACGUGGGGAAAAAAAAAAGAAUGAAAGCUACGAAUAAUACUACUUCCAAUCCCAGCUGUCCUGCAGUUAAUUUAUUUUUUAAAUGUCAUUUGUCAAUGAUUAUUAAUAGAAAAGAACGAUUGUACAUACACUCAGGCAAUGAAAUGAUAAUUGAAUGAGGAAUCACAACGUUAUCUUUUUGAUUUUGAUAAUCUUGUGAGGAGUGCAAGGAUAUUUGUUUACGUUCGAGAAGCAUGGAGGAUGGUGAAAGAACACACGGCAAAACGUUAAAAAAAAACUGAUGAUCAGAAAUUUACAAUUAUAAUUUACACAUCGAUCAAUGAUAACUACAUGUUUCCGAGAUCAAUCUGGAUAUAUCCGUGAUGAAUAAAAUAUUGACGUUUUCAUAAUCAGCUAUAAA